GUAUGGGCGAAGCAAUUCAGCUCUGUUCACGAAACACAAAAAAUACUCACUGUACUUGACUAUAACUUUAACGAGUAACACCUGGACAUUAAUAAACGUACAGUUCAACAAACGGAGGAUCACUAAAGAGGACCAAGAAGCGAUAAAGAAAUCUGAAAAGGAUUUGUACUUUUUUUUGACAGCAGCAGCAUGAGCGCGCCCUCCCCGGACAGGAAGGCGCCCCUGGAUUACGGCGUCCAGAUCCGCUUCAUCAACGACCUGCGGGACACGGGCGGAGGAGGAGGGGGGGCGCGCGGCGGCUCCAAGGCCCACUCCAAGUACGGCGUGGCGGUGCGGGUGCAGGGCAUCGCCGGGCAGCCCUACGUGGUGCUGAAGGACGGGCAGAAGGGCGACUCGUACGGGGUGCAGCUGCGGUCCGAGCCCCGCUUCGCCGGCUCCCCGCCGGCCUACGGCAGCCUGCCCCGCAGGAGGGAGGAGGGCGGGGACGCGCGGGAGGGGGAGGCCAGCGCCCUGCGCCGGGCGCACUCCCACGGCUCCCUGCUGGAGAGGGACGGCGGCGGGGACUUCCCCGAACCGCUGCGGAGGCCCCCCGGGGACGGCCGCUCGGGCAGCAGGGGAGGGACGGGCGGCUGGGGCGGGCCCCACCAGGCGGGGGUGAACGGGUCGCUGGGCGCGGACGGAGGGCGACGGGCGGGUCGCCACGUGCCUGCGGAGUCCUUCCCCGCCGUCCCGCCCCCCAUAUCGUACGUGCAGGACCCCCCUCCGGUCGUGGACACCAACUCUCUGGCCCCCAUUAACAGACUGAUCAGCAGGUUUGACGGCAGCGGCGCCGGGGGCCAGCCCAGGGGCCGCUCCGGGGCCCGAGGGCGGAUGGACCCGGAGGAGCGCAGGCGCUCCCGCAGUGUGGACGCCGGCGACAGGGCGCCGGACGUGGGGCCCCCGCCCCUCCCCUCUCCCCCCUCCAACCCCUACAGCUCCCCGCCGUCCUCCUGCGCUUCCUCCUACAGCAGUCUGGGCCGGAGCUCGGGGUCCGUCGCCAGGGUGAUGGCCCUCGCCGCGCCGGCUGGCGACUGGUCGGCGGGGAGCUCCGUUGCCAGGGAGACGCUGCCCGCCAGUCAAAUGGAAACGCAGGUGACUCCUGACCUGCUGCUGAUGGACCAGGGGCAAGGGUCAGAGUUCAUGACCGAAGAGGAACGAACCAAACACACGAUCUACAGCAUCCUGAGAGUGGGGGCCAAUGAGAACGAGUCUGCCACCAAACAGAAGGUCGACCUGGUCUUUGAGAAGGUUCAGGGCCUUAAGACCAGCGAGGGCGCCAGUGAGGCCUGGAGGGCGGAGAAGCGGGAUCUGGAGACGAGGCUCUCCGAGCUGCAGUCCGCUCUGAGCGUGGAGAGAAAGAGCUCCACCAGCGCUGACCACAAGCUGAAGGCCGAGCUGGAGGACUGUCUGGAUGAGAACCUGCAUCUGCAGGAGCAGCUGGGCAAGAAGAAGACUGAGCUGCACCAGACACACACCGAGCUGACCCAGCUGCGGAUGGACAGGGAGAGUGCAGAGUGUCGGGUUCGGGAUCUGGAGGACCAGCUGACCGGCGUGCAUGAGGAGCUGAAGAAGGAGUCUGAGGGCAGAGCUCAGUUAGACUCACUGCAAGCGGACAUGAUGUCAUUGCGGGCGGAGCUGGCCGAGGCCGCCCUGUUGCGUCAGCGGCAGGAGGACACUCUGCGGCAGCGGGAGCGGGAGCUGACCGCCCUGAAGGGGGCGCUGAAGGACGAGGUGGCCACACACGACCGCGAGAUCGAGACCCUGAGGGAGCAGUACAGCCACGACAUGGAGAGGCUCAGGGGCAGCAUGGAGCAGGUCUCCCAGUCUCAGCAGCACAUCGAGGCGGAGCGGCAGCGGGUGAACAGCAGCAUGCGCUCCAUGCAGCAGCAGCUGGAGGACUGCAGGGAGGAGAGCGGCCACUGGAGGGAGCAGUUCCAGUCCUCCAGGGAGGACCUGCGCUCCACCAAGCAGCAGCUGCUUCAGACUCGUCUGGAGAAGGAAGAUUUUGAGGAGGAGCUGAAGGAGCUCCAGGAGAAAGUAGCCAUCAUGAAGGAGCAGAUUCCUGACCCCAAACAAACCAGUGCCCUCACUCAGGACCUGCAGACCUGUCGUGCCGACCUCAAACUGGCCCAGUCUGAGCUGGAGAAACUGAGGCUGGACUUCGACAAGCGGGGGAUGGAGAUCAUAUCCCUAAAGAAGUCCAAUCAGGAGCAGGAGGCGGAGCUGAAGUACGAGACCGACAGGCUGAAGGACCAAUCGCGGCGUGAUAAAGAGGAGCUGGCGAAGGCGCAGGAGAAAGUGAAGCAGCUGCCGGCUCCGUCGGUGGUGCAGGAGCUGCAGGAGGAGGUGCAGCAGGCGCGCAGGGAGGCGCAGCGGCACCAGGAGGCCCAGGACAGCGCGGAGGAGGAGCUGCAGGAGCAGAGGAGGCGGCUGGCGGGGGCGCAGGCCGAGCUGCAGGCCCUCCGGGAGUCCCAGGAGGAGCAGCAGGAGGCCAGCGCGCGCCUCCGGGACAAAGUGUCCCGUCUGGAGGCCAGCCUGCAGUCCAGUGCCUCUCAGAACCUGGAGGCGGAGCAGGUGCUGGAGGAGCAGAACCGCAGCCUCCGUCUGCAGCUGGAGGAGGGCCGGCGCGCCUCCGCCCGCCUGGCCCAGGACCAGGAGGAGGCGCACCAGCGCCUGGAGGAGAGGGAGCGGGAGAAGGAGGCGCUGCGUCGCAGUCUGGGCGAGCUGGAGGACCAGAAGAGGCAGCUGGACCGAGCCCUGGACAAGGCCAACAAGGAGAUGGAGCAGCUGGCCUCGGGGAGCAGGCAGUCUGCGCAGGCUCUCCAGGCCCAGCUGGAGGAGCAGCGGGAGCGCUCUAAGAAGGAGCUGCAGGAGGCGCAGCGGCACGGCAAGGAGCAUCAGGCCGAGCUGGACCGGGCUCAGACCAGCCUGAGGAGCCUGCAGGAGGAGGUGGCCCGUCUGAAGAAGGACCUGCUGUCCUGCGCUGAGGAGAGGGACAACGCCCAGCUGGACAAGGAGCUGCUCAGCAACCGCCUCAGACACCUGGAGGGGGAGCUGGAGAGCCAGAAGGCCUCGCAGUCCGACCGCAGCAGAGAGGUCCGGGGCCUGGAGGACAAAGUGAAGCAUCUGGAGCUGGAGUUGGAUGAGGAGAGGAACAGUGUGGAGCUGCUGACUGACCGCAUGACACGCAGCCGGGACCAGGUUGAUCAGCUGCGCUCAGAGCUGAUGCAGGAGAAGUCAUCCAAGCAGGACCUGGAGCUGGACAAGAUCGCCUUGGAGAGACAGAUGAAGGAGCUGAAGUCACGCGUGGCGGACAUGGAGGGCCAGUCGCGCUCUUCAACGGGAGUGUCACAGCUGGAGAGCAAAGUGCAGGAGCUGGAGGAGCGUCUGCACAAUGAGGAGAGGGAGAAGAACAGCAUGCUGGCGGCUCAGAGGCGAGCGGAGAGGAAGCUGAAGGAGCUCAGCAUCACAGUGGAUGAAGAGCGACAGCAGCACAUUGACCAGAGAGACCAGCUGGCGCUGCGUGUGAAGGCUCUGAAGCGGCAGGUGGAUGAGGGCGAGGGGGAGGUGGAGCGGCUGGAGGGCCUGCGCAGGAAGGCUGUGAGGGAGGUGGAGGAGCAGCUGGAGCAGAAGGAGGCUCUGCAGGGCCGCGUCACCGCCCUGGAGGCCGAGCUCAAGAGGAAGAUCCAGCAGACACGCCGCCCGGCUCUGGAUUCCUCUGCUCUGAGCUCCGAGGAAGACGACGAUGAAGACAGAUUCUAUGACCCCUCCAGCAUCGCUUCCAUCCUGACUGAGAGCAACCUGCAGACCAGCUCCUGCUGAAGAGCUGGCCGCAGAGACGGGGAGAGGGAGCGCACUAGAAUGCACACUGAGGCCAGGAUUAUUCAGGUACAGAGUACACUACAGUGAGUGUGUGAGCGAGUAUUAGUGGUUCAGAGUACACUACACUGAGGGAGCGGGGAGAGAGGAGUGAUAACAAUUAGUACACUACAGUGAGUGUGUGAACGAGUAUUAAUGGUACAGAGUACGCUACACUGAGGGAGGGGGGAGAGAUAACAAUUGGUACACUACAGUGAGUGUGUGAACGAGUAUUAGAGGUACAGAGUACCCUACACUGAGGGAGAGAGGAGUGAUAGCAGUUAGAGUACACAUGAGUGAGUGUGCAUUAAAGGUACGUAGCAUACUACACAGAGGGAGGGAGGCAAGGGCAGGUAGAGUACACUACACAGAGGGAGGGAGGCAAGGGCAGGUAGAUAGAUAGAUAGAUAGAUAGAUAGAUUAUUCAUCCCGAGGGAAAUUUUAGAACACACUAGUUCUGUGUAGAGUACACUACACAGAGGGAGGGAGGCAAGGGCAGGUAGAGUACACUACACAAAGGGAGGGAGGCAAGGGCAGGUGGAGUACACUACACUGAGGGAGGGAGGCAAGGGCAGGUAGAGUACACUACACAGAGGGAGGGAGUGAGGAAUGAGGAGUAGCAGUUAGUGUGCACGUGAGUGAGUGAUUGAGGGGGCAUUAAAGGUACAUAGUACACUACACUGAGGGAGGGAGGUAAUGCCAGGUACAUAGGUACAUUACACUUAGGGAAGCGCACUGAAACUAUAUGUAAUUGAGGUCUAGGUCUUGUAGAGAGACUGAAUGGGUGAGUGGUUUGGGGGUAGGCACAGUGGAUACUUUCAUAAAGGAACAUUGCACUAAGAGAGUGAGAGUGAGAGUCCCAGCUCGGUGCGGAGAGCAGACCGUGAGUGUUUCUCCGCUCUGUACAGUGGUACAGGCCCUCAGCGCCGAGGGGCCGCUUGCCUAACGUGCCAUUAGCGCUGCACUCAGAGGAUCUCCGUAGCGCGGCUGAAGCAACACCACCCAAACAUCUUUAUAUUUGGACAACGCACGGAGCAGGUGCAUGUAAUGCAUUCUCUCUGUCGCGCUCAGUCUGGCUUGUCGGCGGAACCGGUUCAAGCCCCGCUGCGGGCCCCUACUGCAGUGGAAGCGCAUUGAACGACUGGCCUCGAACAAGCCGGUUCAGCAUCGUCAUGUUUGUUUUUGGUUUGUCGAACAUGUCCUCGCACGAGGAGGUCAGGAAUGCGUGAAUACUGAACACUGCGUACAAACUGUAAUCUGUACUACCCACUGUAUUCAAUU